AUGUGCUUGGGAAAUUGGUGUGUGCUCGGAAGGCAGCUGUGGAUCGUGCGGCUGUGGCUGCUCAUGAUCAAGCAGCGUCGUAUUCAUGACUCUCGUGCAGGAGGAAGCUCACGGAGUUAUCUGUUUGAGUCUUUCACAACACAAUUGCCAGAAGAAUCGUAA